AUCCAGUACGUCAACAACAAUCAUGCUUAUGUGAAUUGCAAUAACCUUUUCAGAGCAGCAGCAAAAAAUGGGCGAAGUUGACCAAAAGGGACCUUUCUCGGAGGAAUACUAGUAAUAAACCCGUCGUAAAUGUGUUUAUUAUCGUCGCACAUCUUCAAUCAGCCGACUACUGUGAAUGGAUUGUACUAUUUUGUUAUUUUAGAUCAGCCUUACGACGCCCAGUCGGCAGCCAUAGCAGGACAUUUGACAUUCGAGGAGACCUCGAUUUGCCAGUGCAAUGGCAGUGUUCAGUCCACAGGUGCUUCUGGCAGUAACAAGAUCAAGGGGAUCUUACCUGCUGUCUAAAAGGCACAGCUGCUGUCCCCUCCCCUCCACUGCUUACGUCCACCACCACCUGGACCCCGCCAGCCGCCUGUCACCCCUAACCUCCCUCAGGCACUCCAGGUCUGGCUAUCCUCAGUGCGUUCGGCUCCAUGGCUCCAGACCCCACAGCACCACCCUGCUGGCCAGAUCUCUGCACAGCUCCUGUGUCUGGCUGCAGGGCACCAAGGAGGACACCAAAGCCCCUGCCACCCCAGCCCAGGAUGACCCCCAAGGGACCCCCAAGAAUGGCCCCUCUGUCCCCGCACCCCAAUCUCCAGCCCCUGCUCCCCCCGCUGCCGUCACUGUAGCGGCUGCAGCUGCCCCUACUGUCCAGGUAGUGAGGAAGUCUAUUGGCCAGAGGGUAGUGGAUGAGCUGAAGCACUACUACAAUGGUUUCAGGCUGCUGGGAAUCGAUACCAAGAUUGCAGGGAGGAUGGUGUGGAGACUGCUGCACGGACAACUGCUCUCACGCAGGGAGAGGAGACGGCUGAUGAGGACGUGUGCUGACCUGUUCCGCCUGCUACCCUUCAUGGUCUUCAUCAUUGUCCCCUUCAUGGAGUUCCUGCUUCCCGUCUUCCUCAAGCUCUUCCCUGAGAUGCUGCCCUCCACCUUCGAGACAGAGACCAAGAAGGUGGAGAAGCAGAAAAAGGGUCUUGCUGCUAAGCUGGAGCUGGCUAAGUUCCUCCAGGAGACCAUAGCAGAGAUGGCCAAGAGGAACAAGACUAAGGCUUUGACCGAGGACGAGACGCAGCGCUUCUCCACCUACGUACAGAAGGUUCGUCACACAGGGGAGCAGCCCACCACUAAGGACAUUGUCAAGUUCUCCAAACUGUUUGAAGACGAGUUGACGCUGGAGCAUCUAGAGCGCCCCCAGCUGGUGGCCCUGUGUAAGCUGCUAGAGCUGCAGCCCAUAGGAACCAAUAACCUGCUCCGCUUCCAGCUGAUGAUGCAGCUGAGAACCAUCAAAGCAGAUGACGAGUUGAUAGCCACUGAGGGUGUGCCUGCUAUGAGUGUGUCAGAGCUACAGGCAGCAUGUCGUAGCAGAGGGAUGAGGUCACUGGGUCUGACCACUGACCAGUUACGUCAGCAGAUGCAACAGUGGUUGGACCUGCACUUGAAGGAGAACGUUCCUCCCUCUCUGCUGCUGCUCUCCAGAGCCAUGUACCUGACUGACGUCAAACCCAUCAUACCCGUCAUACCCCCUGUACCCAAACUAGAGAAGGCCACUCCUCCCCCAGCUGAGAUCCCAGAGGGAAACGCAGCUUCCUCCUCAGACUUACUGGUAGACCCAGCUCUGGUCAUCAAAGACAGGCCGGCGGAGGAGUUGAGAGACAAGGCUGCCAUCAUCUCAGACAAACCUCCUACCCCUGCCCAGGUCAUCCAGGCUAAAGGAGCAGAGGCGUCCCAGAAGAGCAAGAUGAGCGCCAACGGAGUGUGAGGAGGAGCUAACAGUGAGCAGGACUGCAGGGGCUUGACCACACCACAACCCUGUGUCCUCAUGGGUGGGGGGGCUAGACAAUCAAGCUAAUCGACAACCUAAGGGAUCAGUCAACCCAACCACCCAUCUACCCUCCUUAACGCCGCCUCCUCCUGAUCUAAGAUCCCUUUAUAGCCAAAGGGCUCGGUGUCUGAUGGAGAGAGGGGUCAUAAGGUCAUCACAUGAGAUGUUAAUGCCGUCAAACCAGACAGCAUUAAGAUGGCACUUUUGCUCUCUUUAAUUCUGUCCAUGGAUCAGAGCCCUCUCCUCUCUGGCUACAUCUGGAUUGAGGCCUCAGGCAGGCGUUUCAAACGGGACACACACCUCUGCUCUGUCUGUUCAGUCUCUGGUUCUUCUCACCUGCAUCUAUUUGGUUUCAAGUUCAUGCACUCCAUCCAUUGGGUUUCACACUCAAACUGAACAGGACAAUGUAAUGUAACGAAAACUCUGAAAAGAUUAGGAUAAUUGUUUUGUUUUAGGAUCACAUUAACCCAGUGAUGUAACAAAUAUUAUUAUUAUUAUGUCCUUGAAGAGUGGACACCGGCUGGUUGGUUGGUCUGGUGUAACUUUAGUCUGUUUCACUUCAGAUUGUAUUUCGACUCAUUCAUUAGGCGCUGAAGCUGAUUCCUCUUGACUAGAUACACCUCAAAGACGAAAGCAGUGGGUGGCCGCGGUAUGUUAAAGGCUUCCACAUGCUUCCCAGACGAAACAGUUCGGUAGAGUAUGUGCAUAUAUUAUGCUAACAUUUUGUGAAGCUUUUGUUCGUUUUGGUCAAGCCGAAGUUCGGAGCCGAAGUCUACACCCCUUCAUCGGUGAUUGUUCAACAGUAGGGAUUCUCCGAUAAAGUCUUUGUUGUCAAUCAACUAGAGACGACUCAUCUUCAUUACAUUUUUCUCAUAAAGACAUACUGCACCAAACAUCUUAGUUAGAUGUACAAUUCCGCAACUAAGAUCUCUUGGACAAAAACGUCAAAAUGAAUGACAGGUUUCUUGAGUUAUCUUAGAUGAAUUCUGACUUUUGAGGACGUGUACAGUCAUUUUGAGACUGGCUACGGCCUUUGAUGCUUUUUUUCUUGUUUUUCAAGCAAGCGUAUUUUAAGGGUGUAUGCAAGCACACUCGUUCGGUUAGGCGCCAGCCGAGCUGAAGCAUGCUCACUCCUUUAGGGGUCACCACCUUGGUGUUGAGAAACGGUGGUGAUUCAACAUGUAGAGUUGUUGUGAAGUGAACAGAAAAUGAAGAGCGACAUUUUGGUCAGAGGUGAUUGGACGGCCACCCGUUGCUUUGAAAAGGUGUGUUUUGUCUCUUUGAGUUGGCUGAAUCACCUCCAGAUCAGACUAACAAAAACCACCACCUCUUCCUCCUGUAUAUUUGUAAAUACCCUGUACAAUGUUCAUUGUCUGGUAGAAAAGGUACGACUGCUCUGUCCAGUUGUUUUGCCACUCCCUCAAGCUCUCUCAAAACUAAAGAGUUCUAUGAACUUUUGCCCUCCUAAUAUUUUAUUUUUUGUUUGUUGAAUAUUUCAAUCUUAAGACUGGGCAACCCUUCACUUUAACUUGCCUUUAUGCCAUGAAGUUACUCUCUAACUACCCUGGAAACCAGACUGUAAUUGUUCAGAUGUAAAUGGUAAUUGCAGAUAAGGUACAAAACACUAAUGUCUAAAGUAAGGACAUUUUACAAAUUAUGUCCAGAUAGUUACAGUGUAGUUGCAUUUAAUUACACCAGAAAAUGUAACACGUGGUAUCUAUGCAAUUUAUUGUGAAGUGUCACCCUGUGACUGAAUGAAGUGGCAUUGUGUAGUUGAUUGCAGCUGUAAAUAGUACAUGAACACAGAUUAUUUUUGAUUGUAAGAGUGCGAGAGAGAUCACUCAUUAACACAGAAGAGGCUGUAGUAGCCCCUAAUUAAGCAAUAAAGCCCGAGGAGGUGUGGUGUAUAUGGCCAAUAUACCACGGCUAAGGGCUUUUCUUAAGCAUGAUGCAACGCACAGCCCUUUGCCGUGGUAUAUUAGCCAUAUAUCACAAACCCCUAAGGAACCUUAUUGCUAUUAACUGGUUACCAAUGUAUGUGGUAAAAAUAAAUAUUUUGUCAUACCCGUGGUAUACGGUGUGAUAUACCACGGCUUUCAGCCAAUCAGCAUUCAAGGCUCAACCACCCAGUUUAAAACUUGAUUAUAAAAACAACCGCCAAUCUGUGGACAAUUAGCUUUUCUAAUGGAAUAUACAGUGUAUAUAUUGUGUUAAUGCUAUGAUAGUACUACCGUUUAUUUACACAUUUAAAAGAAAGAUAAUACUUGACUGCUAUUGGAUAUGAUCCAUACCUACUGUUCCAACAAUACGAAUGAAAUAUCUACAGAGAAAUCUCAAAUAAUGAAUUUGAGCGAAAAUGCAGGAUUUGCGAACUGUUAAAGGAUUGCACUAGUGUUACAUUUUAUUUUAGAAUGUGAUUCUCAAAGAGCUUGAAAGAUGGCCCCUAUUUCAUGCGGAAAUGCCUAGUACAUUUCCUGCUUACAUAUAGAGUGAAUACAACCAUGUGAACGAGAAGGUAUUUGGAAGGUUUACCAUAUAAACAUAUGUGUACUCUACUGUAUAUGCUUUAUGCUUCAGUGUGUGAGAGUGUGCGUUUGGUGUUGGCUUAGCAUUGAGGAAAACCUUAAAUUAGGGGAUUACCUUUUUAUGAACCUCUCCCACAACUCACCAACCAAAUGACAUUGUUUCAUCAUAGUGCAUCUUCCUCUCCUCCCUAUCACCGAUCUGUAUGUGAGUGGAUAAUCGAAAGCAAGAUGUCCACCCUUCUGCUUUGACCAAUCCAACCUUCUCAGAUCUGUUAUUACUUCAAGGGAGUACUAUGGGACCUGGGACACUUCUUUCCAUCCCAACAGUUUAUUUUUUUACUUGGUUUAAGGAUUGUUUAGAAAAUUAAUUUACAGGCAGAAGGUCUGUAACAAGGUGCUUUGUUACCUAUGCUCUCUGUGGAGUGUCUCCUCUGCCCCUUCCCCACGGCCUCUCAUGGAAGAUGUUUACACUGUGUUCCAAUUCCCCUGCCUUGAUUCCUUACCUUGUCUCCUAUCCUUCAUGUCUAUACAUGGGUGAAAGGAAUCCACUGUAUUACUUACGCUGUUACCUUUUUAGGUCCUUUUAGAUCAGUGAUCAUGAAGGAAAUGAGAUUAGGAAAGGAAUGUGGGAGAGAAUUAGGACACAGACUUAGAGACAAACGUAAACACCUGUAUGAACCCUCUCACUCACAUGCCCAAUUCCAAACCCCUACCCCUAGACACUUGUUGGUACAAGCAAUAUAGUGAACAUCACACCUAGGUGGAGCAGCACCACAUUGUGUAGGAUUAGGGGUUAGAGUUUGGUGUGGAGUUGGGUAACAUGAACUUACUCCCAAAGGUAUUUCUCAUUGUCACACAGACCUGCGGAGAAAGACAGACAUUGUGGUAUUUCAGUGUGUUGCUGUUGAUAAUUUGUGGUGAAAUUGAGAGUUGAUUUGGUCAGGAGAACUUUAAUGGAACAGUAACUUAUCCAAUCAUUUGAUGGCAGAUAUGGUCAAUGGUCCUACAGUAAGACUUGGGCUUGAAUCAACUUAAUAUAAUAUAUGAUACGCAUUACUAGAACUAGCCACAUAAGUCAUCCAUUGAUAUCAUUGGGAGAUUUGUUUAAAGGUUUGCAUGAUGGACACAUAACUGAGGUUAGGAUUCAGCCUUUCACUCCUUGGACCUACACUGGGGGAAUAAGGAUGAGUGGAAAUGCUCUUUGCAAAUGUGUCCACAGGUAUUGCACUGUAUCAUGUAUUGAUAUGACUAUUACAGACAGUACAAGACCGUGAGGCUGUGUGGAGUUUAUACCUUCUGAAUGAUUGGCGUCUGCACCUUUUGUCAUAAUGGAUUCCAUAUAAAGCUCAUAGAUAGAGAACAUACUCUUCUUAAACUUGUUUUCCUUGAAAUUCCCUAAUUUCUCUUCAAACAAGGCUUAUUUUUUCAUAGUUUAUUAUUUUGUUUGGCAGAACUUAUAUGUGUUACUAAUAUUAGCUAGCCUUGUGCAAACUCUGGACGUUAUGACUAUGACCUUGCAGGAGAGUGUUUGUGACUGAUGGAUGUUGAUCAGGGAUGGCCAUCCUGCCUAAAGAGCUACUGGGUAUGCAGGCUUUUGAUCCAGGCCAGCUCUACCAUACCUGAUUUAGCUAAUCAAGGUUCUGAUGAUCAGCCGAUGAGUAGAAUGAGGUGUGUGUAAGAGCAGGAAUAGAGCAAAAGCUUGCAUAACCAGUAGCUAUCUGGGAAGAGGGUUGGCUACUUCUGAAAUAUCGGUUACCCCUAACCACAGAUCUAGAAUCACCUAUCCCUAACAAUAACCAUUUGGGAGACGAAAACGUAUCUGACCCUGUAUCAGUAGUUAUGGACAACCUCUACCUCCUCCUUUGGUGGCUUUCCUUGUGUAACAGACAUUCUACCUCUCAUGUUUACCCUCCUGUCCACUAAGCUCUGUAAUGGAGGUCAGAAGACACUCAACCAUGUACAACAUUGCUACAUUAUUUAACCUGCAUUGAAACAAUACAUCAUUCUACAGUGUCAAAUGUCUGCUUGGGAGAUGAAGUUCAGCAUUGCAUUUAUAAAAACCCUUUACACUUGAG